AUGUCCCGCUCGGUGACCUUCAGCUCCCGCUCGGCCGCGGGGCCCGCGCUCAGCCAGGUGCGGGUCAGCUCCGUGUCCUCGUCCCGCAGCUCCGGGCUCGGCCGCGCCGGCGGCUUCGGCAGCGCCAGCCUCUACAGCCUGGGCUCUGCCGGCAAGAGGAUCAGCCUGGGAGGGGGCAGCUCCUUCAGCGUCCGCUCGGGGUACGGCUAUGGGGGAGCGGGCUUCGGGGGCAGCCUCAGCCCCGGCGGCAUCCAGGAGGUCACCGUCAACCAGAGCCUCCUGACGCCCCUCAACCUGGAGAUCGACCCCAGCAUCCAGAGGGUCCGCAAGGAGGAGAAGGAGCAGAUCAAGACCCUGAACAACAAAUUCGCCUCCUUCAUUGACAAGGUGCGGUUCCUGGAGCAGCAGAACAAGAUGCUGGAGACCAAGUGGAGCCUCCUCCAGGAGCAGAAGACAACGCGAAGCAACAUCGCUCCCAUGUUCGAGACCUACAUCAGCAACCUGCGGCGGCAGCUGGACGGGCUCCUGGCGGACAAGGGGCGCCUCGAGGGAGAGCUCAAGAACAUGCAGGACCUCGUGGAGGACUUCAAGACCAAGUAUGAAGAUGAGAUCAACAAGCGCACGGCGGCUGAGAACGAGUUUGUGGUGCUCAAGAAGGAUGUGGAUGCUGCCUACAUGAACAAAGUGGAGCUGGAGGCCAAGGUGGAUGCUCUGACGGAUGAGAUCAACUUCCUGAGGGCUUUCCAUGAGGCGGAACUCAACGAGCUGCAGGCCCAGAUCUCUGACACCUCAGUGGUGCUGUCCAUGGACAACAGCCGGAACCUGGACCUGGACAGCAUCAUCGCCGAGGUGAAGGCGCAGUACGAGGAGAUCGCCAACCGCAGCCGCGCCGAGGCCGAGUCCUGGUACCAGAGCAAGUAUGAGGCACUGCAGGUGACAGCUGGGAAACACGGGGAUGACCUGAGGAACACCAAGAACGAGAUCACGGAGAUCAACAGGGUCAUCCAGAGGAUCCAGGGGGAGAUCGAGAAUGCCAAGGCCCAGCGAGCGAAGCUGGAGGCGGCCGUGGCUGAGGCUGAGGAACGUGGGGAGCUGGCCCUCAAGGAUGCCAGGGCCAAGCUGGAGGAGCUGGAGGCCGCUCUGCAGAAAGCCAAGGCUGACAUGGCCCGACAGCUCCGGGAGUACCAGGAGCUCAUGAACGUCAAGCUGGCCCUGGACAUUGAGAUUGCAACCUACAGGAAGCUGCUGGAGGGCGAGGAGAGCAGGUUGGCUGGGGAUGGAGUUGGCAACGUCAACAUCUCUGUGGUCAGCUCCAGUGGCGGGGGUGGAUAUUCCAGCUCCAGCGGAUUCCUGGGAGGAGGGAUUGGAGGAGGCCUCAGCCUGGGAGCAGGAAUGGGCAGCGGAGCUCUCGGAUUCUCCUCUGGAGGCUCCUCCAAGUCCUACACCAUCACCACCACCUCAUCCAGCCGGAGAAGCGUCAGGAAGUAA